CGCAGUAAUGGCACCAAUGCAUUCAGUUGCUCAUUGUAGGCCCGACUCGGCACCAUGGCGAUCCCUACGACCCUGUCCAAGAUAGUCUUGGUCGCGCUGAACGUUGUCUUCAUCGCCGCCGGCGCGCUCCUCAUCUACAUUGGCGUGUCCUUCAAAGGCAACCAAUGGUCGGAUGUGUUCUCGGCGGCCACGGCGACGCCGCUUAACUCGCUCGGGCUGUACACGCUCAUCUUUGGCAGCGUCGUCGUCGGUAUCGCGUCCCUCGGUAUCUUUGGUGCCCUGUGCCGCAACAAGGUUCUCCUCUCCAUCUACGCCGUGUUUGUCUUCAUUGCGCUUGCCGUGUUCUCGGCGUUCGCCGUUCUUACGUUCAUGUCGGCGUCGACUGCGUCCAAGUGGACAGCCGCCCAGUUUCCCGCCGCCACGGAAGAGACGCAAGUCGCGACCUCAUUGAACGAAGUGUAUUGCUAUGCCCAAGGAGCUCGCCUUUGCACGUCUGCGUCCGCUCGAGAUGCCUUCAAGGCCUUUGUUCCGGCACUGGCCGACACGAUUGUGACCGUGUCGACGCUGUUGCAGAUCAACGUGGAUGAGAAGACGGGCAUCAACGGAUUCUGCAACCAGGUCGACAAGCAAGUCGCUGCCCUCGGUGCCGUCGGUGCGACGGCCGCCAAGUCGCUGCCAGCGCAGUACAAGCAAGUGUGUGAUACGUGUGCGGACGUCAAGAACAAGUACGGCGACUUUCAAUCUAUCUUUGACUUCGCCGAGGAAAAGUGCCCGUUGAACCCGACCACGGCUACGUUUUGCGGCAACUUUUUGUUGUCCAAGACCCAGACGAACGUGUUCAAGAGCGCGCCCUACGAAGUGUGCCGCCCUGCCAUCCUCGACCUGUGGCACUCGGUGUCGAUGAAGCUCGCCAUCGGCAGCACGAUCGCCGCCGUGGUCGCGCUCAUCCUUUUGUUCUUCGCAUGCGCGGCUGGGAAGAAGGACGACUACGACCGCUUUUCUUACUAAACAGCGUCAAUAUGGACAAGUAUGCAACAUC